AGUGCAGAGAGGCCAGCGAUGGCUGGCUCGCUGCCCUUGCGGAGGUCCUUGCUUGUUCUGCAACCUGGGCUGCAGGCAUCUCCCUGUGACUCCCUCUUCUAUUCGUCCUUCGGAAAGGGAGCCCGAUUCCUUUCCCUUCCAAAUAUGAGAUGCAUAUGCUUGGUGCAUAUGUCCAGUCAUCUCUUCUGACUUGGUAAGAGUGAUUUUCCAGCCAUUGCUCUGGCUUGCAUAACCAGAGAACAGGAUUAUUCUCUUCUUCUGGCCAUUACCUAUGUACGUGCCACAUUCCAGCGAGGGAAGAAGGGUGGAGCUUCUUGGAUGACCAUGGAUGUUCCACCGUGCAGGAUGAGGGCAGAGUGUGUAAUAUCGCCAUCACAAGGGCGCAGUGUGAUCUUCCUCCCGCUUCCUGGCCAGAACUCUGCCUGCUGUAUCCAUCAUGGUGUUUGGUGAGUUUUUCCAUCGCCCUGGACAAGACAAAGAACUUGUCAACUUGAACGUGGGGGGCUUUAAGCAGACUGUUGACCAGAGCACGCUCCUGCGAUUCCCUCAUACCAGACUGGGGAAACUGCUAACUUGCCACUCUGAAGAGGCCAUUCUGGAGCUGUGCGAUGAUUACAGUGUGGCUGAUAAAGAGUACUAUUUCGAUCGGAACCCCUCCCUCUUCAGAUAUGUUUUGAAUUUUUAUUACACGGGGAAGCUGCAUGUCAUGGAGGAGCUGUGUGUGUUCUCCUUCUGCCAGGAGAUCGAGUACUGGGGCAUCAAUGAGCUCUUCAUUGACUCCUGUUGUAGCGGUCGCUACCAGGAGCGCAAGGAGGAAAGCCAUGAGAAGGACUGGGACCAGAAGAGCAAUGACGUGAGUACUGACUCCUCCUUUGAAGAGUCUUCUCUGUUUGAGAAAGAGCUGGAGAAGUUUGACCAGCUGCGAUUUGGUCAGCUCCGGAAAAAAAUCUGGAUUCGAAUGGAAAACCCAGCAUACUGCCUGUCAGCCAAGCUGAUCGCCAUCUCCUCGUUGAGUGUUGUGCUGGCCUCCAUUGUCGCCAUGUGUGUCCACAGCAUGUCAGAGUUCCAGAGUGAGGAUGGACAGGUGGAUGAUCCUGUGUUAGAGGGUGUGGAGAUUGCAUGUAUCGCUUGGUUCACAGGGGAACUUGCCAUUCGGCUGGUUGCUGCUCCCUGUCAAAAGAAAUUCUGGAAGAACCCUCUGAAUAUAAUUGACUUUGUCUCCAUUAUUCCCUUCUAUGCCACAUUGGCGGUAGAUACCAAGGAAGAUGAGAGUGAGGACAUUGAGAACAUGGGCAAGGUGGUCCAGAUUCUCCGGCUUAUGCGGAUUUUCCGAAUCCUGAAGCUUGCUCGGCACUCAGUAGGACUUCGUUCUCUUGGGGCCACACUGAGACACAGCUACCAUGAAGUGGGACUGCUGCUUCUUUUCCUGUCUGUUGGUAUUUCCAUAUUCUCUGUGCUUAUCUACUCUGUGGAGAAAGAUGACCAGACAUCCAGCCUCACCAGCAUCCCUGUCUGCUGGUGGUGGGCCACCAUCAGCAUGACGACGGUGGGCUAUGGAGACACUCACCCUGUCACCUUGGCUGGGAAGGUCAUUGCCAGCAUGUGCAUCAUCUGUGGCAUUUUGGUGGUGGCCCUUCCCAUCACCAUCAUCUUCAACAAGUUUUCCAAGUACUACCAGAAGCAAAAAGACAUUGACGUCGACCAGAGCAGUGAGGAGCCACCAGACAAGUGCCAUGAGCUACCUUAUUUUAACAUUAGGGACAUUUAUGCACAGCGGGUGCAUGCCUUCAUUACCAGUCUGUCUUCUGUUGGCAUUGUGGUGAGCGAUCCUGACUCCACAGAUGCUUCAAGUAUCGAAGACAACGAGGAUGUUUAUAACAUCACAUCCUUGGAGAACUGCACAACAAAAUGAACAGGGACAUUUGUGCCUGUAUCUCGUGUUCCUUUCCAACAUUAGGUUAACACAGCUUUAUAAACCUCAGUGGGUUCAUUAAAAUCAUUUAAUUCUCAGGGUGUACCUUUUAGCCAUAGUUGGACAUUCAUUGCUGAAUUCUGAAAUGAUAGAAUUAUCUUUAUUUUUCUCAGUGAGGUCAAUUAAAUGCCUUGUUCUGAAAUUUAUUUUUUACAAGAGAGAGUUGUGAUACGGUUUUUGGGUAAAAAAAAAUAUCAAUGAUAUUGGGUGGGAUUUAUUGCUACGGCUUAUGCAUCAUUCUAUAUUUGUCAUUUACUCACAUUGAGCUAACUAGAAAUUACUGACAAGUAGACUCAUAGGUCCAGCUGACAGAAGACUACAUGCAUGUAAGAUCCACAAACUGAGACAAUGCAUGUACAUCCGUGUUCAUGUUCUAGACAUGGAAACUGAGAGCCGAAUAAACUUCCUAAUUCAGUAUGGA